AUGAUUUUAUUCUUGCUACUUCUGAUAACAAGUUCUUUAGCUCUUGGAGACGUGGAAGAGUAUGAAUUGGAUGAUAUAGAUUUGGACGAAUAUGAUAUGGAGGACUUGUACGAUACUGAGGAUUUUAAUGACAAAUCUAAGUCUUCGAAAAAAAAAUCAGCAACAAAGAGUGCAAAAAAGAAACAAAAGAAGUCAGCUGCUGCGCCUAAGCCAAAGAAGUCAACCAAAAGUGCAGCAACAAAACAAAAAAAGUCUGCUGCCAAAGCACAGAAGAAGGCUGCCAAGGCUCAGCAAAAGAAACAGAAAAGCCAAGCUAAAGCACAGAAGAAACAACAAAAAGCAGAGAAGAAGGCUCAGAAAAACCAACAAAAACAACUUAAGAAUCAAGCCAAAGCCGAGAAGAAACAACAAAAAGCAGAAAAGAAAGCUGCCAAAGCUCAACAGAAGCAACAAAAGAAUCAAACCAAAGCCGACAAAAAGCAGCAAAAGGCAGAGAAGAAGGCUCAAAAGGCUGAACAAAAGCAACUUAAGAAACAGCAAAAGGCAGAGAAGAAAGCGGAGAGGAAAAAGAAGAGUGCAGAGAAGAGUGCAGAGAAGAGAGCACUUCGUAAAGAAAAAGUCGACAAAUUCCUCGACUCUGAAAAUGGGCAAAAACUGACCAAAAUAGCGUCCACGGGUGUAAAUCUAGCUGGAAAAGCAUUGACCAAAGGGAAGUUGGAUGAGCUGAUGGUAAACGAACAAAGAGUGGAUCUGUAG